GAGGCGCCACGCCAUGGAGGUCCCGCCGCUGGCCGGCAAGAUCGCGGCGCUGUCGCUGGGCGCCCUGCCCCUGUCCUUCGCGCUCAGCCUGGUGGCCGAGCUCUCGCACCCCCUGGGGGUCGCGAUGAUGAGCCUCCUUAUUGUCGCGCUGUUCUCCGUGGCCGUCUACAGCCUGUCCCGUGGAGACACCUAUUACUAUGACCCGCUCUAUGCCGUGUUUGCAGUCUUCGCCUUCACGUCCAUGGUGAACCUGCUCAUCGCGCUUCGGGAGGACGGCUACCUGGGGAGCUUCAUGGACUUCUACACCCAGGGGGGGGACCCUUACCUGCGCACCCCACAUGGCGUAUCCAGCUGCUACUGGGACGGCAUCGUCCACCUGUUGCUCUACCUGGCCAUGGCCGGCGCCAUCCGCAAGAGGAAGAGGUACCGGCACUUUGGGCUCUACUGGCUGGGCUCCUUCCUCAUGAGCGCCCUGGUGUUCAUCGGAGGGAACCUUCUUGGCAAGUACAGUGCUGAGAUCAGGCCCACCUUGCUCCUCACCAUCCCCUGCCUGCUUCUCCCCUGCUGGGCCGGCCUGAGGAUCUUUGCACAGCCCCGGGAUCCUGUCUACUGUCCUGCCGACGUGGUGCAGCAGGAGCACCGCAGCCUGCUCUGGCGCCCCCUGGACCUGGUCCUGCUCCUCUACCUGGGCCUCGCAGGCUUCUUCACACUCUUCCGGGGCCUGGUGGUCCUCGACUGCCCCACGGACAGCUGCUUCGUCUACCUCUAUCAGUAUGAGCCCUACCUGCGGGACCCUGUGGCCUACCCCAAGGUGCAGAUGCUGGUGCAGCUGUUCUACGCCCUGCCCUUCUACGGCCUGGCCGCCUACGCGCUCGUCUGGCCCGGCUGCUCCUGGUUGCCCGAUUUGAGCCUGCUGUUCGCGGGGGCCAUCGGUCAGGCCCAGUUCUCCCAUGUGUGCGCCUCCAUGCACCUUCGAACCCCAUUCACCUACCGUGUGCCCGAGGACGCCUGGCCAUGCUUCCUGCUGUGCAAUUUGUCCUGCGCGCUUGGCGCCCACCUGCUGGCCCUGCGCUGCCAACUCCGGCCCGGCUUCUUCCUGCACCCACUGCCAGGCCCCACCGACCCCCACAAGAAGCAGCUCUGAGGGGCUCCUCCUGGGACUAAUUUUUUUCAUACCCAGAGUGGGGGCUCUGAGCACUGGACGGGGAGAGCGGACGACUUGUCUCACCACUUCCAACAAAGGAAUCAGGCACAGGGAGUGACCGUCUUAAUGUUCGGACCCCCACCAGCACCCCUGAAGAUCCUCCAUGGAUAUGGUCCCCCCCUACAUGUCCUUUCCUUAAAGAUGUUUCCUGUUACUCCACUGUGAAGGGAAGAGAUGGGGAGAGGUCAGCUUAGCCUCAACUGAGGCUCAGGAAGACGCACAGCAGACGACUGUCAACCAUGCACGUGGCCUUCACCCGCCACCACCGCCCUCCUGUGUGCCAAGCUGGCUGGAACCCCAUGUCCCAAUGCCCAGAUGGGGUGAUGGAUGACAAGUCUGCAGGCAGGCAGGCGGAGG